UUUAAUGAUGGAUACUAAAAAAAGUUAUGGAUUGUAAAAAUGAAGUAUUUAUUAAAAUAUUAUUAAAUUUAUUACAAUUGUGACAUAAUUUUACACAUUUAACUCCGUUUUUAGGUUCCAAAUAAGUUUAGAAAACUAUUGUGGUAUACAGAGUUAUGGUUGAUUGCCAAAAAUGGCUAAGAAAAGGAGACCAGCUACAACCGUCGCCUCACGUCGAUCUGCCCGACGCGGGAAACAGGCCGCACAGAACACUUUGACCGAAGGCGAAUCAUCCACUGCGGCUGAAGCUGUCUCAACGGCACCUACUACAGAAGAACCACCCUCUGCCACGGCUAGUACUGAAGCUACAGAAUCAGAAAUACAAACACAGUCCUCCGCAGAUAACACAGUGAAACCAUCUACUACUGAGACAGUACCAACAAUCGUUUUACACAAGAAAUUUGGCAAAUAUAGAUGUUUGUUUAACAAUGAUGAUACAUUUACAAAGAAGUAUGACCUAGGUAGUGAUAGCGAAACAAACAGUAGCAUUGAAAUAAGAGUUGUAGAUCCAAGUGUAAGUUCGGAAUCUGACUCUAAUGCUGCUGUGGAUACACAGUCUGAUACUAACAGUGGGGCAUGUCCUAGUCCUUUAAAUAUUCCAGACAGAGCACUACACAGCUUAAAUUCUCGAGAUGCCUCACCUCUGCCAUCCGUUGAGAGUUUGGAUAUUCCAUUGCCAAUUGAGGAAUAUCCUGAAAAUGAUAAUAAUCCUAAAGAUGCGAACCCACCAUGUGACAACACUGACAAUCAUGUUGACAAUGUUACUGAUAAUCUAGAAAACCAACAACAAGAACAAAAUGUGACUGAAUUUAUUCAAAAUGAUCAACCUAGUCUUGAACAGAUGCAAACAUUAAAUGAACAUCUUUAUGGAGAUGAUGAGGAGGAAGUAAUAACUAUAGUCCAAAUAGUAGAAGAUGAUAAUCAAGAAGCAUAUUAUAACAUUAAUAUUGCUAGUCCAAAAGAUGAAAAUACUGAAAAUGAGAAAAAUGAAAAAGAGGAUACCCAAUUUCAGAAAGAUUUUGAAAAUCUUAACCUCACCCAUCCAAUAUCAGAGCCCUACUCACCCAUGGAUUGUUCAGAUAGUACUGAAAAUCAAACUCCACCUUGUAGCACACCUGAUCUGCAGUUUUCCAAAGACAAUACAGAAGUUUUACUGAGACCUGAUCCUAGUUUGACUCCAAGUUCCACCAUAUCUGACGAUAGCAAUUCUUCAAGAGCAACAGAUCAAAUUCAGACCAAUUCUAAUGACUCUGCUGAGUCAUCUCCAUCUGGUGUGCGAAGGUCAAGCAGAAUUAAAACAAUAAGUACAAUGAAGCAAAAGACGAAAGGCUAUGGUUUAGUUAAGACACCUUUGAAGAAAGCUUUGAUAACACAGACCAAAUUGAAACUAGAAGAAAUGGGUUCUGAAAGCCAAGAUAAGUCGUCAGAUGUUAAUAAUCCAACUAACACUAGUAAUCCUUCAACUUUUCCAGUACCAUCAGAAAUGCCUGUGAAAGUAAAGUCUAGAUGGCGGAGAUCAAGUGAAUUAGAAAUGGGAGCCAAUUCCCCUGCAAUAUCUCCACUAGCCAGCCCAAGUUUACCACGUUUACCUCCUGUAGAUGAAAAUCAAAAGUCAUUAGAAGAUGAACAAUGUUCAGUUACACUAAGCAAAGAGGCAUAUGACAAAAUUAUAGAAGAAAGAAUGAAUCAAUAUCAGCAUUUAGAGGAAAAUGAGUAUAUGUGUGAGCGUAUGAUAAGUAAGGAUACAAAGAAAAUGAUUUGUGACUGUUUUAUGACCAAAGAGGAGUUGGAGCGUGGUGAACUUGCUUGUGGAGAAGACUGUUUGAAUAGACUACUUAUGAUUGAAUGUAAUUCAAGAUGUCCAGUAGGAGAUAGAUGUACAAAUAGAAGGUUUCAGAAGAGGCAAAAUGGACCCCUAAAAGUAUUUUAUGCAGAUAAAAAGGGCUGUGGUGUUGAGGCCAGUGCAGACAUUCCAUCGGGCGAAUUUCUUAUGGAGUAUGUGGGAGAAGUGCUUGAUUAUGAGCAAUUCUACAAAAGAGCUCAAACUUACUCAGACGAGAACAAUCUUCAUCACUACUUCAUGUCGUUAAAAGGAGACACGGUGAUCGACGCGACGUUAAAAGGCAAUAUAUCGAGAUUCAUCAACCAUUCCUGUGAUCCAAAUGCUGAAACUCAGAAAUGGACUGUUAAUGGCGAACUUAGGAUAGGGUUCUUCAGUAAAAGAGACAUUGCAGUGGGCGAGGAAAUUACGUUUGACUAUCAGUUUCAGAGAUUUGGCAAGGUGGCGCAGCGCUGCUACUGCGGCGCGGACAACUGCCGCGGCUGGAUCGGUGCGGAGCCGGACUCGGAGGAUGAGGAUUAUGAGGAGGAGGAAGAUGUAUCAACUUCUAAAUCGGGCACGACAGAAUCUGAAGAGUCCCAGGCGACGGAAGCGAACGCGGAGCAGCCGCGGGCUCGAGUACGGAAACCCCGACGGGAAAGGAAAUACAAGCCCAAAGCACCCGACUUGGUGCAAGAUGCAGAUAUCGAAGAGGACCUCGAGGCGCUCAGUCGCACGGGCGUGAAGAACCAGAGCCACACGCUGCGGCUGUCGCGCACGGUGGUCCGCGCGAAGACGCGGCGCGCGCAGGCGGCGCUGCUGCGGCUGCUGCGCGACGCGGACCUGCCGUGCCGCCGGCUGUUCCUCGACUACCGCGGGCUGCGCCUGCUCGCGCCCUGGUGCGCGGACGCGCCGCUCGACUUCAAGCUUGAAAUGCUGCAAACAGUAGACAGGCUACCAAUCCCGAACAAGACAAUGGUACAAGAGACGCGCUUCUUCACCAUCAUAGAAAGGUGGCUCAGCUCAUCAGAAGUGCCACCUGAACCACCUGUGUUUAUAGAUGAAGCUACAGGGCUACCAAUAGAAUUGGCGAAUAGACCUGCCUCAGAUGGUGAUAAAAUUAAGGAAAAUGCAGCAAUGCUCGAAAAAGUUAAGGAUCUCUCAACACAGCUGCUAGAGCGGUGGUCAAGUUUAAAAGAAGUAUUUAAAAUUCCCAAGAAAGAGCGCAUACAACAAAUGAAAGAGCACGAGCGUCAAGCGAAUGUCGAGAGACGCGCUGCUGAUUCCAGCGGGUCGCGUGACCGUGACCGUGACCGAGAACGGGACCGUGACCGUGAUCGAGAUCGAGAUCGAGAUCGAGAUCGUGACCGUGAUCGUGACCGUGACCGUGAAAGAGAAAGGGACAGAGAACGGGAACGCGAGCGGGAUAAGGAGAGGGAAAGGGAUAGAUAUAGGGAGCGGGAUCGUGACCGUGAAAGAGAUAGAGAAAGAGAUGACAGGGAUAGGAGAAAAAGAAGAGGGAGUCCGGAGGGAAGGCGAAGUAUAAGGCUGUCAGACCGCGUGUUAGCCGCGGUACCUCCCAUGAGCAAGGAAGAACGGAGGCGCGCAUUUGCCGAAGCUGCAGCUGCCGCUGACGAGAGCCGGCGGCAGCGGGAGACGCAGCAGUUCGUGCCGUUCUGGCCGCAGGACUCUUUUGCGCAGAUGUUCCCGCAAGGCAUUAUUCCUGGCCAGCCGAAUAUGAUGCAAAAUGGUCCACAUAUGAUGCCCAACGGACCUAACAUGCUACCAAAUGGACCAAAUAUAAUGCCCAAUGGGCCGAAUAUGAUGCCAAAUGGUUCAAACAUGAUACCAAACGGGCCAAACAUGAUGCCCAAUGCGCCCAACAUUAUGGGUGGUCCGCCAAAUAUGUUACCAGGGCCACAGAAUAUGAUGGGUGGACCUCAAAAUAUAAUGGGUGGUCCUAAUUUAAUGAUGCCAACUAUGAUGCCAGGAAUGAUGCCAACUGAUAUACCCCCAGAAUGGAUUGGACCCAAUGGGGAGUUUCAAGGACCUCCUGGAUUUUGCCCUACAUUCCCUGGACAGCCUUUCUGUAUGCCACAGCCCAAUAUGAUGGGUAUGAGCGGGUUCGGCGUGCCCGGCUUCGUGUUCGGGCAGGGCGCGCUGGGCGCGUUCCCGCCGCAGCCGCGCGCGCCGCACGCGCCGCACGCGCCGCACGCGCGCCCGCCCCCGCCCGCGCAGCACAUACCGGCCGCUAGCGAGCCGGCCAGAGUGGAUCCGGAUGCCGAGCCAGUGCUGCCAUCUAUGUGGCGAAGUGCGCUGGAUAACCGUGGGCGACGUUACUAUUACCACGUCAAGCUGCGCCAGCCGCAGUGGUUACCGCCCACACCGCCACCACCCACGCCUGACGAGAGUUCAUCAGAGGACGAAAUAGAGCCAAUGAGUGCGAUAGAAACAGCUGUGGUGAGACGAGCGGCUGUCAAGGGCAAGCUGGUGGAAGGGGUUGAUGGCAUAUAUGAAGUGAUAAAAGCGGACACACAAAACGGUUUGAUCCCCGACCACGCGCUACUCACGGAGAAGCCGAGGAAGCGGCGGCCGGGACUCGUUACUGAAAGGCCGAUUAGUCCCCGCACAGAAGAAGACAAGCUAGCGGGUCGUAUGGAGGUGAAGAGGUACAAACAGACGAAGGAGAAGCUGCGGCGGCGACGUGAAAAGUUGCUGCAGAAGGUGCGGUUGCUCGCCGCCGCCAAGCAGAGGAAGGGCAAGGAGCUCACGCACAAGGACCUCAAGGAGUUGAAGUUUGUGGAGCUGGAUGAUACGGAGACGGAAACGGACGAGUCGGAGGCGGAGGAGCGGCGGCUGUCGCAAGUUCCUGAACUACGUAAAAUGGUAACGGAUUUGCAACAGCAGGUGGAGGAACUGAAGACUUCUCAAUCAAACGUGCUUAACUUAGAUACUGUAAUCGGUGAAAUUCAAGAAAGGAAGAAACGAAGUAGUAAUGUCAUUCUUUAUGGAAUACCAGAAUCAAAAGCAACUUCUCCAGAAGAAAGGAAAGCUCAUGAUAAAAAGCUGAUAACUCAAACUUUCGCCACAAUACCGAUUCCUGAGCCUGAGAUAGUUACAAUAAUCCGCCUCGGUAAACCUAACCACAGUGACUUUCAAAAACCACGACCAAUCAAACUUGUCCUUGAUAACAAGCGCUGUGCAACAAAUAUACUAAAGAAUAAGAAUAAGGUAUCUAAGCCUGUCAGAAUAUAUUCCGAUAUGACCCCAUACCAACGCGAUCAAUUGAAAAAACUGCGAGAAGAAUUAUCACUAACGCACUUUGUGAUGUUAAAAGAGUUGAAGCAUUGCCGCUCCGUCGAGGAGUUAGUGGUGACGGACUCAGUGCGAUCCAAGGCGAAAAUGUUCGUCAAGAAGUACAUGGCCAAGUUCGGGCCUGUGUACAAGAGGCCGCCCGAAGAAGCCGACUAG